UCCAGGACCCUACAAAAUGAUUUCUUUGAAUGUUUUGCGUAAAAAACUCCAACUACCGUUGAGCUCGAUGGCACGUCGUGGAUACAUUUUUAAAAACAGCUUGAAUUUUUCAGCACUAAAUGCCAUUGACGAAGUCGUUGAAGUAUUGAGAAACGAAAAUGCGACCGACGUGUGCGUUGUCCGGACGCCAGCAGCCCUAGUUUAUGCAGAUUAUCUUGUGUCUGCUAGUGGAUCGUCGACAAGACAUCUUCGAGCGGUGGCUGAAGGCCUCAAGCGAAAGUUUAAAUUAAACGAAAUGGAGAGAAGUAGCGUACGUUUGCGAGAAAUUGAGAAAGAUAGUGAUGAUUGGAUUGCAGUCGAUUUAGGACGUAUAGUCAUUCAUCUGGUGAAAGAGGAGAAACGCAAGGAACUAGAACUAGAAAAGCUAUGGACAUUAGGGCCACAGCACGAUGAUCAAUACUGUUUAGCUGUAAAACACACAACAUCUUGAUAUCAUGAGUGUAGAGUUGGGAGAAAAGAGGAACAGAUAUACAAUUAUAUUGUAAUUUUUUAUUGCCUUUAAAUACUAUGGACCAACACAUAACACACAUCUA